AUGCUAACUUCGUUCAUAGCCAAGAAUUCGAGACUCGCGCUGUUCGAUGAGUACGGAAUCGUCGAUCCUGACACCCAUUGGGUGGUGUCCCAUGCGACCAACCCGAUGCCCGGCGAUGCCUCGCUCCUUAAAAAGCACAACAUGUACAUGUCCUCUGCGCCGUCUUCAGCAAUGCAGAUGGUGAUGGGUCACCCGACCGCCCUGUACCACCCAACAGAGGACUUCUUCUCGCACGCCUCGGUCGGCGCAGACAGCCACGCAAUCUGUGGCUCAUCCCUCGCCUCGGAGCUGCGUAUUCUACUACAAGAUGCGCGUGCGCAAUUCAACGACUCGCUCGUCGAGAGCUGGAAGUCCCCUGCCAAACUUAACCGCAGUGUGGAAGAUGCGUUCAACCUUGCCACAAUCAAGGGCGCCAGGGCGCUAGGUAUGGCUGCCCAGAUCGGCCAGCUCAAGGUCGGUAUGGCGGCCGAUAUUGUGGUGUACGACGGAACCACGCCGGCGCUGUACGGCGGUGCGCAGACGAAUCCCGUAACCGCGAUCGUGAUGCUAAGCAGUCCCGCGGACGUGGAGCUGGUCCUGGUGGAUGGGAUCAUCCGCAAGGAGAACGGGAGGCUCAAAGAUGUACAAACUGCUCAAGGAGACCGGAAGUGGCGCGAGGGGGUGAACGAGACUCUGGCCUGGGCUGACAUCUCGGCCAAGUUAAUUGAGAAGAGCAAAGUGAUGAAGGACCGGAUUCGUUCGGUCGACGAGAAUCAGAUGAGAAAGAACGUUAUGCAGUUUCUGAAUGUCGAUCCGUCCGUAGUGGUGGAAUAG